AUGGAGGGGCGUCGUCCUGUCGGAGGACGACGGGGUUGGGUUCUGUGGGCGGUCCUCUCGGCGGUCCUGUGCCCGUUGACCGCGUUAGCCGGGUCAGCCGGGUCGACAUCCGCGACCGUGGUCGUCGAACCGAGGCCGACGGUGGACGUCGACGGGUACGUCGAGUGGACCGACGCGGUGCGCGCGACGCUCAGGCGCCGAGCGCCGGGACUGCGAAAUGCCGGGACAAGGAGCGACGUCCGCGGCUCGGGCGACUCGGGUUCGGCGGCGGCGUCCGCGUCGUCGACGACGACGCGUCCCAGAGUCGUGGUGGUUCCCGACCCGCCGAGGAUCGCGUGCGACGAGCGCGGAUGCGGCGGGGGCGCGUGCAACCGCGAGCUGGGCGCGUGCCGAUGCCCGCUCUCGCUGGACGGUGCGCGCUGCGAGACGUUCGCACCCGCGCGAUGCGACGAGGACCCGGCGUCGCCCCGCGAGCUCGUCGGGGUCGAGUACAAGUCGAGGUGCGCGGGGGAGUGCGACCUCACCGCCGCCAAGUGUCGAUGCGGCCGGGGCGUCGCGCACUUGGGCCGGGGAGAUUUGAGAAACGCGCAUCCCGAUUGGAAGACCCCCGACGACGUCGCCCCCAACGGCACCGCGUACGCCGGGCCGUACGCCCCGACGGACGCCCCGAUGAGCAAAUUCCCGGAACGGCCCAUGCAGGGAUGCUACUACGAGGGCAUCGCGACGCAACGGACGUGGCACGCAAAACUCGACUGGGAUCGAGCGGCGGGUGGAAAACCGAAUGACUUUUGGCGGCCGCGAGACGACCCGGGUCCGCGCUCGGACUGGUGCGCGUGGGAGCCCGGACACCCCGGGGUCGACCCCGUCGUCAAGUGCCGGUGCUUCGACGGGUACGUCGGCGUCGGGUGUCAGACGAUCGUCAAGCAGUUCUGCCUCAACGACUGCGCCGGCGCGGGGAAGUGCGAGCACGGGCGAUGUAAAUGCGACGAAGGGUUCUUCGGAGCGGAUUGCUCGCAGAGGGACGGCGGGGGUCUGGUACCCACGGGCGCCGGGCACGGGUACGCGGCCGGGGGUUCGGACGAUCCGAGACGCGCGGGGUUCGUCCCCGACGGGGGCGCGAGGCGGCGGCACCAUCUCCACGCGGCGUCGGCCGGGUUGUUGGGCAGCGGCGCAGCCGGGGGCGGCGCAGCCGUGGGCGGCGCGGCUGGCGGCGACGCGAGCGCGACGCGGCGGACGCACGCGCGGAGACCGCUCAUUUACGUGUACGACCUCCUUCCAAAGUUCACCACCGCGCAGCUGCAGCACCGGCAGGACGUCAGAAAGUGCGUGACGCGGUUCGCCGAGGAAGGUAACGCGACGAGGUUCGAGGAUAACCUCUACGGCGCCGAGGUUGCGCUGCACGAGCUCUUGCUGGAUUCCCCGCACCGCACGGACAACCCGGAGAUCGCCGACUUCUUCUUCGUCCCGAUGUACCACUUCUGCUUUAUCUCGCGGCUGCAGCAGCCCACGCCCGGGCACUCGCAGCAGCUGUUCUCGCGGACCAGGGGCGUCGGCUGCGACUUACGGGGGUCGCACGUCGACGCGGCGUUUCAGCACCUCUUCGUUCCGGUGCUCGAACACCUGCGUCGCGACUACCCGUGGUGGAACCGAACCGACGGCGCGGAUCACAUCGUCCCGUUCCUUCACGACGAGGGCGCGUGCUACGCCCCGCGCGAGUUCGGCGACGCCACUUUGUUAGUGCACUGGGGCAGGAGAGACGCGGAUCCGGAAUCGUGCACGGGGUUCGGGUCCCACGACUGGGGCGAUCGAACACGGGACGAGACGCACGCGUCUUGCGUCGUCAAACGCGCGGCGAUGCUCGCGGGGCACCCGCGCGGAAAAGGCGUUUGCUACAGGCGCGGUAAGGACGUGGUCAUCCCCCCGUGGAGGACGCCGAGGCAGUUUUUAGAGUCGCCGUUGCUGGCGGCGGCGGCGCGGGGCGCCGAGGAGGCCAAACGGACCGCGUCGCCGACGUUCGAGGAGGCGCUCGAAAAAACCGCGGGUGCUGCUGACGUGGAGGCCCAUGUGGCUGACGUGGAGGCCCACGCCGCGCGCGCCAUGCACCGCGCGUCCGUCGAGGCUACGAUUCGUUACGCUCGAACGACUUCACGCGACGGACCGUUUUUUUUGUUCCGGGGGAGCAUCCGUCCGAACAACCCGGCGCACUCUCGCGGGACGCGGCAGGAGGCGUUUCGCUUCUACGGACCGGGCAAGGCCAAGUCGUCCCCCGACGUCAUCGUCGACGAGGGAGCGCAGACGUACAGGCAGGAACUGGCGAGCGCCACGUUCUGCGGCGUGUUCCAGGGCGACGGUUGGAGCGCUCGAUUCGAAGACGCCGUGUUGAACGGUUGCGUCCCCGUGGUGGUCAUGGACGACGUGGACGUGGCGUGGGAGGGGUACCUGGACGUCGACGCCAUCGCCGUGCGUCACCCGAGCCGCGAGAUGCAUUCACUCGUCGAGACGCUUCGCGCGAUUCCUCCGGAGACGAUCGCGAAGAUGAGAGUCGCGGGCGCGAGGGCGUGGCACAGGUUCGCGUGGCUCGGGUACUUCGCGGCGGAGCGCGAGCGCGAGCGCGCGGGGCUCGUCAAGUUGGACGACAGGUUCCGAGAUUUAGAGACGUUGGGGAAGAUCGCGGGGGUGCACGGCGCGGACGCCUUCGAGACGCUCUUGCAGGUGCUCAGGCACAAACUCGUGGAGCGAGAGUUGGCGGUUAAAUAG